CCCAGAGCCGGAGCAUGAACGACAUCUCGGACACGCCCAGCACUGACCAGCUGAAGAACAAGUUCAUCAAGAAGAUCCCCAAGGACGCCGAGGCCUCCAACGUGCUGGUGGGAGAGGUGGAGUUCCUGGAGAAACCCUUCGUGGCCUUCGUGCGGCUGCUCCAGGCCACCAUGCUGGGGGGAGUGACGGAGGUGCCCGUCCCCACCAGGUUCCUCUUCAUCCUCCUGGGCCCGGCGGGAAAAGCCAGGUCCUACAACGAGAUCGGCAGGGCCAUCGCCACGCUCAUGGUGGACGAUCUCUUCAGCGACGUUGCCUACAAAGCCCGGGACAGGGAGGACCUGAUCGCCGGCAUCGACGAGUUCCUGGACGAGGUCAUCGUCCUCCCGCCCGGCGAGUGGGACCCCAACAUCCGCAUCGAGCCUCCCAAAAAAGUGCCCUCAGCUGAGAAGAGGUGG